AUGCGCUCAAUCAUCUACCUCGCAAUCAGCGCCUUUGCCGCCGUUGUUGCCGCGCAGGCAAAUAAUCCUUUCAAUGUCCCACCUGGAGGCUACAGCCCCGUUGCUGGCCAGCCCUUGACUCUGUCCUGGAAACCCACCACUAAAGGACUUGUCACCCUGAAAUUGCAGUUGGGCGACAAUGUUACUCCCGACGAUGGCAUUGUCCUUGCAUCCAGUAUCCCCAACGACGGCAGCUUCGUGGUUAUUUUACCCACAAGCCUCGGCCCAGGAACUGACUACAACUUCCAAAUCAUCGACGAUAGCGACCCAAGCAACUUCAACUUCAGCCCGAAAUUCUCUAUCAGCGGUACUACAGGCACUGCUACCGUGUUGACCCCGACCGCCACGCGUACCACUGCCUCCACCACCUCGACCGAGUCCACCAGCGCCACGACCACGCAGACGGAAUCGAGCACCACCCUAACCACGUCCGCCUCGAGCACGACGGAGAGCACAUCCUCCUCCACUCCCACUGCCACUCCCACUGCCACUUCCACCGGUGAAACCAAUCCCGCUCCAAAUCCAAACAGCGCCGUCUCUCUCACCCGUCCGGGCUUCAUGCUGUCUGCCGUCCUGGGGCUGAUGGCUUUCCUGUAA